UCCCACUCUUUCUCACAAUCGUAAUCGUGGUUCCGAAAAGAACGGACGUACAUUGCGUGUGCUCCCUACAAAACGACGCGAAUCUACGCAAAGCCAGGCACAACAGAUUGUUGUCAGUGUGUUAGCGUGUGUGUGUGUGUGAUUUCGACGAUUGUACCACUUGUAAUAAAGUGCUAGAAAGUGAGUUUUGUAGUGCAGUUCUCUAACCAUCCUGUAGACAGUUCUUUCUCCGCCCAAACGCAAGCCAGACGAGCGCACGCGGUUGCGGUGCUACCCUCCAACCUUUGCUCUAUUUUUUGCGGGGCCUAACAACAACAACAACAACAUUCCUGUGGCAAAAUGGCGCUCAACUGUGGACAUUCGACGAUAAAGUAUCUGCUUUUCAUCUUUAACCUCCUGUGCUCGCUCUGCGGCAUUGCGCUGAUCGUGAUCGGUGCCGUUUCGCUGGUGAAGCUUGAGGAGCUGCGCGAGAUCAGCGAUGAGUACAACAUCGUCGCCCCGUCCAUCCUGCUGAUCGUGUUCGGCUCGGUCGUGUUUGUCAUCUCGUUCUUCGGCUGCUGCGGUGCUAUUCGCGAAUCCUACUGCAUGACCUCGACCUACAGCUUCUUCCUGAUUCUGCUCGUGAUCGCUCAGAUUGUGAUUGCGGUGCUGGUGUUUGUGUUCGUCGGUGAUGUGACCACCGCCAUCAAGAAGGGCUUCGAGCGUGUGUUUGAGAACCGUGACAACCCGGUCAAUGCCGAUCUGGUCAACUCCAUCCAGCAGAACCUGCAAUGCUGUGGCAAGCGUAGCUUCCUGGACUAUGGCGUCGCCAGCUUCCCGCAGUCGUGCUGCAGCAGCGGCGGAACCGCUCCGCUGUGCGUGCCGUUUGCCAGCGGCUGCCUGAGCCGGCUGUCCGAGUUCCUGGACAGUGCCGGUAACAUUGUCGCCUGGGUGUCGCUCGGUGUCGCCGCCGUCGAGCUGGUCGGUCUGAUCUCGGCCUGCUGUCUGGCCAACGCCAUCCGCAACCAGCAGAGAAGGUCUGGAUAUUAAAGCAUCCCCCCCGAGCCCCGUCUCUGUUCCUCCAUUCAUAUGACGCACACACCAUUCCCUCCAGUGUGCGUUUCCUUCAUGUAUCUUAUCCUUCCAAAAAAAAAAAAAAAAACCCCACAAAACCAAAGCGAUGUAGGAAAAGAACGAAGGCAAGAGAACCAUUUGUUCAUCUCCUCCUCAGCGACGUACUAACAGUGUAUAUCCUACCCAUAAACUAAACCAAAUCAUGCUAACAACGAACACCGAAUACUAAAACCCUCCCGUUUACUACUACUUACGCUACUUUCUCACCCACCCAACGUCGCCACGUGCGGAAAACAUCUCAUCUAAUGCAUUAUUCUGUGCUUUUUUAUUUAUGUCCUGUGCUCUUGUCCACGUUUUUCUUCUUUUUGUUUACCCCAAAAACAGAUACAGCUAAAAAGUGUGCGCUACUAUACGCUUUUUAGUAGUUCGGUGGGUGGUGUCGUCGUCGCCGUCAGCGUCGUCAGCGUCGUCGUCCACGGGUUUGAAUGUUUGCCAGUUAGGAGUGGGCGAAAAAGAAGAAAAACAAGAGAGAGAGAGAGAGAGAGAGAGAGAGAGAGAGAGAGAGAGAGAGAGAGACGAAACUUACACAAAAAUAGUAGUUAUAGCGCAUAAAAAGGAUACGCUUUGGGAGGCACACCAGGAAGAGAGGGAGAGAGCGCUAAAGCGCGGGCAGAUUUUUGUUGUUAUGUGUGGUUGUGUCUAUGUGUGUGUAUGCAUUAUUUCGUGUUCGUUGUGUGGAAUGUUGGCGGGGAAAAAAUGUACAAUACGCAACAAUCUGCAACAUCCUAAACGAAGCUGUAUGAUACGCCGGAAAAUGCGCAACAAUUCACGCCGAAAGGACAAAUCCGCAGCUGUGCGCGUGAGCAGAGAAAAAAAAACAGAACAAAACGUACAACACCACAAGUGCCGACCGCCGAAAUCGUUGCAUUAUCUACAUCAACACAUACACCAUUUGUCUACGGUGAGAGAGAGGAGGAGGAUCAGCCUUCAGAUCGUUCGGAAGUGUACGCAACUGGACGAGUGCGCAACAAACCACGUGCUCGCUAAUAUUCAACCGGUCAACUGCUACGCCUACUAUGAGUGUACACGUUGCUUGUCGUUUUGCAUUGCGCUGUCUUCUGUUCCGUUCUAGUGUGCAGCCAGGACAUACCAUCACAGAAGAGAGCAGGGCUUUUUCGCUAUUUAUGCUACUAUUUACUGUAAAGGAGUAUAUUUAUCCAUUCGGCUUAAUCUUUUUUUUUUGUUUUGUUUUGUGUAUUGGCUAAAAGGAGAAACAUCCUUUUGCAAGCCUCAUCCAUUCUGUCCAUUUUCUCAUUCUUUCUUUCCGAUCUUCGAAUAUUCCCGAGUGUGUGCGUGUAUUUGAUGUUCGCUAUUUUUUUUUUGUUUUGGAAAGGAAGAAACACUCGAUGUAGCAUUUAAGGUAAUCAAAAACAAAACACCUUUACUCGAACGAAUUGGAAAGCGAAGCAAAAUGAAGUUUAAUUUUUACGUUUGAAUAUUCGCAAACACACGCACGCGAAUGAAUUCAUAAAAAGGCGUGCUCAUUAAGAUAGAAACAGAACCUCGAAGCAAAUUGAAGCUGUUGAAGGAGAUAGAUUUCUUAUUGGCGAAACAAAAGUGUCCAUGAAACGAAGCUAAAAUUUAAUUUUCUAAUCAAACCACCAACUAUAAGAGUGACAACAAAAAAUUGAGAACAAAAAUACAAUAUACACUUUACUUUCUGUGAAGUAUUUGUGUGCGAUGCGUGUCUCGCGGAAGCACUGUUGAAUUUGACCAACAAACAUGCAGUUAAAAUAUAUACAUAUGAAGUAACUUUUGUCGUUAA